GGGUCCGCUGCGUCUGCAAUUAGACAGAGUGGUCAGAGCAGACAGGCUCUCCGGGCUGCGCGUCUGUAGAGGAGAGGAGCUCCGAGCUGCGCCGUUUAUCUCGGAAUAAUGCAUGUGCACUUUGUGAUUUAACAAGUUCCCCCCCGAAUUGCAAACGAUACCUGAGCGUGAAUUGCUGCGUGCGGUUUUUUUUUCUCUCUCUCUCUCUCCUUCUCUCUUUUUCCUUUUUUUUUUUUUUUUUUAAUGUGAUUUUCAAGGAGCGCACCUGCGCCACGGUUUAAAUCGCAGAGGCAUGGACGCGCAGGCUGCAUUAUAAGGUUGCCUUGCCUUGCCUGUGUGUGUGUAUGUGUGUGUGUGCGUGCGUGUGUGUGUCGGGCUGUGCUGCACCGCUUCUCUAAAUAGGAGGAGAUAAAAAAAAAAAAAUACACAACUUGCAAGCACACGGAGGCUUUUUCCUUUUUCCAGGCUCUCUCUCUCUCUCUCUCUCUCUCUCUCUCUCUCUCUCUCUUGCGGCGAUACGGUUACAACAAGUUGCCCUAUGCACGCGUGCUAGAGAGCGGAUACAAUGUCACCGCAGCAUGUAUUUUUUAAAAGCUGGGACAUUUUAGGGCGUUAUCAAGAGAUUUAACUUGCCUCGGCGAUCAUUUUUCUUUUUUUUGCAAACAACAGUCGGCCGGGCUGCACCAGUUGAUUUGCUGCCUGUCAUCCUCCGGGCUCCACUUUCUAAUGAGAUGCAUGUAGGUUAGAUGCUUCUCCUAUUGAGUUGCUCGCUCCCAGACUCGAAGGGCCCACCUUUCACCACGGCUUGAAAUCCGAGCAGCGCUGGACCAGACAAAGAUAUAUAUUUAAAAAAGAAAAAGAAAAAAAAAAACGAGAUGAUCAGCAGCAGCAGCGUCUAUGGCUUAAAGAUGCAGUGGACCCCCGAGCACAGCCAGUGGGCCGAACAGCAUUUCGACAUCUCAUCCACUACGCGCUCGCCAGCCCACAAGGCUGAGGCCUACAGGGCGGUACCUGGCCACUUGCAGCGCUCGGCCACCUACCAGUAUGCCUGGGCUAAUGAUGACAUCUCAGCCCUCACCGCCUCCAACCUGCUCAAGAAGUACGCCGAGAAGUACUCCGGCAUUCUGGAGAUGCCGGGCUCCUAUUCAGAGGCCCCCGGGGUGAUGAAUGGCCGGAAAGGUGAAUCGGAGCCCUGGCAGGAUGGCGUCUAUCCCAUGAGCUGCAUCCCAGAGGGGGUUUCUGUCAGAAAGGGAGGGGUUGCGGCAGCUUCAGAGGUGGUGUCUGGCAUGUGCAGCUCCCCGGGUCUGGCCUCCAGCACCCUGAGUGAGCCCAGCUACUCCAGCAGCAGCUGUGGGAGCCACACUGCCACCGCCCUCCACUCCUCCUCCAUGCCCUCUCAGGAAUACGGCCCUGCAUACAGCAGCUCCUACCUGCACAGUAGUUACAGCUCCCAGUCUGCCCCCGCCCCAGCACUUCCCUCCCCGCUGCACAGCUCUGGGCUCCUGCAGCCGCCCCCACCACCCUCCCAUCCCACUUUAGUCCCAGCUUACAACGGAGGCUCCCCCAACUUGUCUAGUUAUAAUUACCCCCCAGCAGGCUACCCAGCUCAGAGCUCAGUCGGGCCAGGAUACAGCCCUGGGGGAGCACCCCCUCCUUCCUCAUACCUCCCCUCAGGCAUUGCUGCACCUACACCCCUUCCCCCCUCUUCUACUUUACCUGGAUACCCAUACCAGAGCCACAACCUGACCCCAAUUGCCCCCACCCCUCUCAACAGUAGCUCCUCCAACUCACUGAAGAGAAAAGCCUUCUACAUGACGGGCCAAGGAGAGAUAGACUCUGCUUAUGCUAACUUUGGCUACGGCCAGGCUCGGAGCUCGGCCGACAGCCCCAUGUACAGGAUAGCAGACAGCAGCAGUGCAAACGGAGGCUCCAACAGCGCCGGCGGUGGCGGAUUUGACAGAAGUGCUGAAAAGUCGUCUUUACCUUUUAACCCUCAGAAGCAGUCCACGAUGUCCUCGGAGCAGCAGAGAAAGUACAGCAGCCAGGCAACAGGUGGGCCACUGACUCCACCGGCCUACGUCACCUCCACCCUGGGGGGUUCCCGCUCGGCAGAUUCCCUCGUCAGCUUCACCUCCCCAUCCCUCAGUGAGCAAGGUGCCGAUGAUCACCGUCUCCACCUCUCCCACUCAGCGCCAGGGCCUACCUCCUCCUCAUCCACUUCCUCCACCCGGCCUGCUGAAGAGCAGCUAAAAACUAGUGACCCUCACCUCCUAGACAUGGUUACCUCUGAAAUCGUUCAACAGGGGCCCCCGGUGGACUGGAGUGACAUUGCAGGACUAGAACUGGCCAAAGCAACCCUGAAGGAGGAGGUCCUGUGGCCCAUUCUGCGUCCGGACAUGUUCAGCAGUUUGGGACCGGCCCCACGUUGCGUGUUGCUGUUUGGCCCCAGGGGCAGUGGCAGGACGUUGCUGGGUCGCUGUCUCGCCAGCCAGCUCGGUGCCCCAUUCCUCCAGCUCAGCGGCUCCACGCUGGCCACAAAGUGGUUGGCAGAGGGGGAAAAAAUUAUCCGAGCAUCCUUCCUGGUGGCACGCUGCCGGCAGCCCUCAGUACUGUUCAUUAGUGAGGUGGACAUGCUGCUGUCAGCCCACCUCAGCGAAGAGAGUCCCAUCAACCGACUGAAGGGGGAGCUACUUGCCCAGCUGGACUCACUUCUCAUGGGCUCGGGCGAGGACGGAGGCAACCAAGUGUUAGUGGUUUGCUCCACAAGCAGACCCCAGGACAUGGACGAAGGGCUGCGCAGGUACUUUGCUCGGAGGGUCCUCGUGCCCCUGCCGGAUAGCACAGCCCGACACCAGAUCAUGAACCAGCUCCUGGCUCAGUCUCAGCACAAGUACUGCUUGAGCGAGGAGGAGCUGGCGCUGCUGGUCCAGCGUACUGAGGGUUUCUCUGGACUGGACCUGGCCAGAUCCUGCCAGGAGGCUCUCAUCAGUCUGUUACAUGUCUCUGCACAGGGCAUGGACAUGACGGGUAUGAUGGCCAGGGGACAGGUCAGGCCCCUCACCUACCAGGACUUUGAGAGUGUCUUUUGUAAAUUCCAAGCCAGUAUAUCGCAGAAAGAGAUUGACACGUACACUGAGUGGAACAAAAUGUUCGGCUGCAGCCAGUGAAAAGAUAGAUUCCGCCCUUGAGAAAAAGAGGCAUCCACAAUUCCUCCCCUCAGGGCAGAAGCAUUGUGCUGGAGGGAACGGCAGACACAGAAGGCCAACACAAGCCCACCGAGUUCUCACAAGCAGGGUUUAGACGCACCGAGAGACCUGGUUUGAUGAGACAGCUGGCAGUUUUGCAGUUAAUGAGCAAGAGAUUUAAUUUGAAUGCUUGACACUCCAGAAAAAGCCAGGCAUUGUUUACACAUUGCAAGCAAGUUGGCUUCGGAAGAGACGCCCCAGUGUCUGUGUAUAUAUCUUUAUGUUCUUGUUCUUGACGUUUAGUUGGCUAUCCAAGUGCCUGAAGUGGUGCUUUCUGAUUUCUUUUUAUUUGUUUAUUUGCCUCACAAUCUACAUUCAUGGCAUGAGCUGAUGAUUAUCAAGAGCUUUAAAACUUCAGUGGGUGAGUCUGAAAAACAGAGAUUGACAGUUGCCAUUGGUGGUGGUCAAUCAUUCUUUAUUGUCUUGCUAAGAGCAGUUAUCCAUCAGGGCGGCAGUAGUCUGGGCCCUGACUCACACUCAUCUCUUCUGAUCCUGUGUCUGCAAAACAAACAAACGUAACAAACAAAACUCAGGAAAGCGUUUGUGAAUUGUACAGUACCUCAAGAUAUUUUGACGAAAAAGCACUAAGAUCUGACAGGAGAAUCCAAGGUAGUUUAGUGAAGCAGUGUUAGGUGUACCUCAGCUGGCUAGGAUAAAUAGCAAAGAGGUGACAAUGAAUGUACUAGAUGUGUUCUGGAGUGAUGGAACAUAAUCAAUAGUGAGAGUAAAAAACAUUAUUUCUUCUUCUUUUUCCCCUCACAGCAGGUGUUUCGUUUACCUGUUUCUACUUGACCAAUCCUGAAGCUUAUUUCCAUCGCUCUUAAAAGAUUUUAAAACCGUGUUGCCCAGCUUUGUUGUUUGG